AUGGCGUUCCUCUUCAAAUCCAAGAAGAAUCAGGAGCGCGAAAAGGACCGCGUCCUCUCUAGCCGCGACGGGCCUCCCGUGACCAGCUCGCAGCAGUCGUCCAUCGCCAGCAACGCCUCGCGCCUCGCCCGCGAUGAGAAGACGGCUAUGCAACGAUCAACACCCACCGGCAGCCUAAACUCGCUCGAAAACGACGGCACCUCCAGCCCAGACCAAGUCAGCUACGGCCGUCGUGCCGAACAAGUCACGUCGCAACAAUCUGGCGACUUGCAGUAUCGCAAUGGCCCCGGACCGACCCUGGGCAACUCAAACAUGUCUCUCUAUCCGUGGUCGCAACGGCGACUGACCUACACAACGUCAACAAUAAGCCCGUUCCCGCGCUAUGGCGCAGCUGUCAACGCUACCGGGUCGAAAGAAGGCGACAUCUACGUCAUGGGCGGUCUCAUUAAUAGCCAGAAUGUCAAAGGUGACCUGUGGAUGGUUGAGGCUGGCGCCAACAUGUCGUGCUACGAACUUCCUACCACCGCGGAAGGCCCUUCCCCAAGAGUCGGCCACGCCAGUCUUCUUGUCGGCAACGCGUUCAUCGUGUAUGGAGGCGACACCAAGAUUGAAGAGAACGACAUCCUAGACGAGACCCUAUAUCUAUUAAAUACCUCAACGAGACAAUGGUCCAGAGCACUCCCGUCUGGCCCGCGACCAUCUGGUCGCUACGGCCAUUCGCUUAAUAUCCUUGGCUCCAAGAUCUACAUCUUUGGCGGCCAGGUCGAGGGCUACUUUAUGAACGAUCUUGCCGCAUUUGACCUUAACCAGCUUCAAAUGCCCAACAACCGGUGGGAGAUUCUCAUCCCUAACAGCGACAAUGGCGGCCCACCUGUUGGCAAAAUCCCGCCCGCGAGAACAAACCACUCGGUCGUGUCAUACAAUGACAAGAUGUAUUUGUUCGGUGGGACAAAUGGCUUCCAGUGGUUCAACGACGUUUGGUGCUACGACCCCGCGACCAACAGUUGGACACAGCAAGAUUGUAUAGGAUACAUUCCAGUGCAGCGUGAGGGCCAUGCUGCCGCCUUGGUCGACGAUGUCAUGUACAUUUUUGGUGGCCGCACAGAGGAGGGUGCCGAUCUUGGCGAUUUGGCCGCUUUCCGGAUUACGUCGCGCCGGUGGUACACCUUCCAAAAUAUGGGCCCGUCGCCAUCACCGCGAUCAGGCCACAGCAUGACCUCGGUAGGCAAAUCCAUCGUCGUGCUGGGUGGCGAGCCCAGCUCCGCAACUACAACCGUCAACGAUCUGGCCCUUGCCUACAUGCUUGACACAAACAAAAUCCGCUACCCGAACGAUGCGCAAAUUGCUGCAGGUCAGAAGAACACGACACAACAAGGCACGAGACGUCCCAGCGAUGCGGCACGACAGGUUGCAUCACGGGAUGGCUCCCAGGGCCCGCGCGAUGAUCGGAAGCGGAGCAUGGUCCCCGGCACCGUCAACAGCCCCACCAACGGAUUCCGCUCGCCCAAUGGCAACGACGUCAACGCACCCUCGCCGGUCAAUGGUGGUUCCCGACUUCCACGCGCUGCAGGCCCAUCGCCACCGGCAGGUCCCCCGCCACAAGGCCAACCGCCUAAGCCGUCACAAGCUGCGCGUGAUCGGAAUGCCCCGUCCGACCGUGGCGGUGAACUCGCGAGCUCCCCAGUUCUCAACAACGCGACCAAAAACCAAUCACCCGUUUCACGCGACCCUCCCAAGGAGAUCGACAGUCCCACUGGUCUUGGUGGUGGUGCUCGCCAAGGGCCAGGCCCAACCGCACAGCUGGGGCCCCGGGGCCCCCUCCCAGAUCCGAUCCGCCAGCCGCUCCGUCGGCGGCUCCCCCAUCAACCGCGCCUGGCGCAUCCGAGGCUGCGGCAACUGUUGUCGCGGCUGCGGCUGGUGCGGCAGCGGCUUCUGCUGUGGCUAAUGGCCCUCCCGCAACCCCAAGGUCGAAGCAACCGCGCCAACGCGGCCCGGGCUCCAUUGAUGCCACGGCAGAAAGAGCAGGCCCCGGCCCAGGCGGCCGCCCGACAUCACCGCCGCCUCCGACCGGAACAAGACAACCGAGCGGCAACCUCCUUGCGAGGCGAACUCGACUCUGCCAGGAACCGGAAUGCGUGGUAUGCGUCCGAGCUGGAGCUGGCUCGCAAGUCCGGCUACACACCCAAUGCGACACUCAGCCCUGUCCUGGACAGCCGCAGCGCGGAGACGUUCACUGAAGACGACCGGCCACUCAUCGAGGCUCUGCUUGCGAUGCGGGCCGAGCUGGCAAACGUCCAAAGCUCCGUCGACAAGCAAGCGGUUCUUGCCGCGAAGCAAAUUGCGGAAGCCGAAAAGCAGCGCGAUGCUGCCAUCCAGGAGGCCGUGUACGCCAAAGCCAAGCUUGCCGCACACUUUGGCAAUAACAGCGCCAGCAGCACCCCCCAGCUCGGCGGCGACCGUGACGCGGACAGCCGCGUCGAAGAGUCGAACCGCAAGCUUGCCACGGCACUCAGCCAGCAAAAGGAUCUCCAAUCGCAACUUGAGCGCUUAACUGUCGAAGUCGACGCCGAGAAGCGUGCCCGACAACUCGCUGACGACACACUGAAUGCCGCGCAACGGCGCAUGACAGAUCUCGAGACAUACAAGCAGCAGACCUCCUAUGAGUUGGAACGCCUGAAGGCCGAGCUCCACAAUGCCCAGCGCGAGGCUCGCGAGCACUCCGUUGCGGCGGCCGAGGCUGUGUCGACGGCCCAGCUCCUGCGUGUCGACAAGGAAAGCUUUGAGCGCCAGUACAAUGAUGCAGUAGGCUCCGCCAAGGACACCGGCGACUCGUUCGCGUCUCUCCGUGCCGCUCUGGCUGCGUCCGACGAGAUACGGUCACACUUGGAGGAGACGCUCCAGCAGGAGCGAGCUCAGCGAGAGACGGUUGAGUCGAAGCUGGCCAGCAUCAAAGCUGAGCUUGAGGCCCGUACCGCUGAAGCCCUGUCAACAUCUCAGCGCCUGCGUGACGCCGAGGAGCUCGCGGAGAAGCACGCCAACGAGGCGCGCACGCACCGCCAGGCCGUUUUGAACGGCCUGGACGCAAUCAAUGCCAGGAGCGUCGGCACGCCCAACAAGGCCGAUGGCGAGCGGUUGGUGGCACUGCAGGCCCAACUGGUGACGGCGAACGCCCUGGUCAAGAAGCACCAGCAGGAUGCCGACACGGCCGCCGAGCGCCUGCGCAGCGCCGAAGAGCGCAUUGCGGGUCUUGAGGCGUACCAGGAACAGUCCAGCCGCGAGGGUGUCACUAUCCGUAGACAACUGCAGGCUGCGAUGCGCGACACCCAGACGCUGCAGGCGCAGAACACGGAUCUGAAGAACCAGCUCUCCAACCAGCAGCUCGAGACGAACGCCGUGAUGGUGCAGCACAACACGCUCAAGGACAUUCUGAGCGAGCGUGGUAUCAGCCCGACUAGCUCGCCCCGUGCGCGCGGCAGCCCCGGUGAGAUGUCACCAGAGCACGAAACACGCAUUCGCAGCCUAGAGCAACAGCUGGCAUCCGCUGUUGCCUCGCACGAGGAGACCAAGCAGAUGUUUGCGGUACAAGCGUCAGACUCGGAAGCGGUCUACCGCGACAAACUGACGCAGCUUGAGAACGACUAUCAGUCAGCAGUACACUACGUCAAGGGGACGGAGAAGAUGUUGAAGCAGCUUAAGGAGCAGCUGGCACGGUACAAGGCCGAGAAUAGCCGGCUGAAGACGGAGGUGGAGGAACUCGAGACGAAGACCGCCGGCACGCGAAACCUGGCCGCGUCGGCACCGCCCGAAUGGGAGGCCGAGCGCGGCCACCUAUCGCAGAAGGUGGAGGCGCUCCAAGGCGACCUGGCCUCGUCGAAAGCGCAGCUCGAGGCGCAACUGCAGAGCGUGCAGCAGGAGCUCGAGCAGGUCAAGAGCGAGCGCGAAGCGGCGCAAAAGUCCAAGGACGAGGCGAUGUCGCACCUGACGUCGUCGCGCCGUGACCUGGAGCAGCUCCAUCAAGAGAAUGCGCUGCUGGAGCAGCGGGCACAGGAGGCCGAACAGAAAGUCGGGCUGCUGCUCGACCAGGUGGAGUCGUCCGUCGGCAACUACCGGCGCCGCAGCCGGCAGGUGGCCAGCAUCAACGCGGAGCAGCUGCGCGAAGCAGCCGCCAGUGGGCCGAAUGCGGCAACGAUCCCUACGACGAACGGCCACAACGGUGGCAUCGGCAACCACACAACGAUACCGGCGCUCAAAAUCGGGGGCAGCGGUCUCGGCCAUGAGCGGCAGGACAGCUCGGAGACGGGCAGCGCGUACGGCGAGAGCGUUGGUGGCGACGCGCGCAACAGUGCAGCCCUCGACAGCCUGGCCAACGAGCUGGAGACGCUACGCAGCCACUGGGAGGCGACGAACAAGAACUACCGCCUGAGCAAUGCCUUUGACUUUGAGAGCACGCCGGGUGCUGGUGCUGGUGGUGCUGGUGCUGGUGCCGCGCCGCCGUCACUGUCGACGGGCCUGCGCAAGGACAACAAGGACGAAGGCGGCCUGGGCCUGAGCGAGAGCUUGGCGGACUGGCGCAAGCGUCUUGACAGCUAG